AUGGCAGCCUCCUCACUGAUCUUCUCCGUUCGAAGGCGCGACCCGGAGCUCGUCCGCCCGGCAGCGCCCACCCCGCGCGAGGUCAAGCGGCUCUCCGACAUCGACGACCAGGAGGGCCUGAGAUUCCUCAUCCCCGUGAUCCAGUUCUACCGGCAAGACCCCAGCAUGGUCGGCAAGGACCCGGCCAUGGCCAUCCGGGAUGGCCUUUCUCGAGCACUGGUCCACUACUACCCUUUCGCCGGCCGGCUCCGGGAGGGGCCCUGCCGGAAGCUCUGCGUGGACUGCACCGGAGAGGGUAUCCUGUUCGGGGAGGCCGACGCCGACGUCCGCCUGGAAGAGUUCGGCGACGCUCUACAGCCGCCCUUCCCCUGCAUCGAGGAGCUCCUUCCGGUCGCCAAAGGCCCGGAAUGCGUCAUCGGCUCCCCACUGCUGCUUUUCCAGGUGACCCGUCUGCUCUGCGGCGGGUUCGCCGUCUCCAUCUUGCUCAACCACACGAUGGCAGACGCGCCGGGACUGGUGCAGUUUAUGAACGCCGUCGGGGAGAUGGCACGGGGUCUGCCGGCGCCAGCGGUUCCGCCGGUGUGGGGCCGCGAGAUCUUCCAGGCCAGGGACCCCCCACAGGUCACGCGCGUCCACCGCGAGUACGAGGAGGUCGAGGGCACCAUAGUUCCCUUCUCCGAACAGGUCCACCGGUCUGUCUUCUUCGGGCCCCGAGAACUGGCGGCUCUCCGUGCCCGCCUGCCGCCGCACCUCCGCCAGCGGUCCCGAUUCGAGAUCGUAACGGCCUGCCUGUGGCGAUGCCGCACGGCGGCGCUCCGCCCGUCGCCGGACGACGAGGUCCGGAUUAUCUGCAUCAUCAACGCCAGGGGAGGGGCCUUCACGCCGCCGCCGCGAGGUUACUACGGCAACUCCUUCGCCUUCCCCGUGGCUGUGACCACCGCCGGGAAGCUGACGUCGAACCCGCUGGGCUAUGCUGUCGGGCUGAUCGGGAGGGUCAAGUCCGAAGUUGACGACGAGUACAUGCGCUCGCUGGCGGACCUGCUAGUGCUCCGGGGACGGCCCCACUUCACGGUGGUGCGGUCCUUCCUGGUCUCCGACGUGACCCGCGCGGACUUCGGGGACGUCGACUUCGGGUGGGGGAAGGCGGCGUACGGGGGGCCGGCGAUGGGCGGCGUCGGCGCCAUCCCCGGCCUGGCCUCCUUCUACAUACCCGUCAGGAACUCCCAAGGCGAGGAGGGCAUCGUCGUGCCGCUGUGCCUGCCGGCGGAGGCCAUGGAGAGGUUCGCGGCGGAGAUGGACGAACUGACGCGGGCGCCGCCGCCGCCGGGGGAGGUGGGAAUCACCGUUCAGCACAGCCCGGUGCCCAUCUCAUCCGCCCUGUAG